CACUUCCUUCCCUGUUAUGGGCCCUCAGUCUAAGUCCCUGCCUAUCUUAGUCUGAGAAGGGCUCUGAACUCAGACAGACAGGCUCCCUCCAGGAUCUCCAACUAUAAUUGCAGGUCUUGACUCACAGACACCCCUGAACCUUUCUUGGUCCGUGGGAGAUCUUACAUGUUGUCAUGGCGAUGGUGUCCCCUCUGUCUCUCUUGUUGCUUCUCAUCCUCUCUGAGUGCUUCUGGACCUCAAUAGCCACCACUGACUCCCAGGCCCUGGAUAUGGUGUCUGUGUCAAGCUCUUUGGACCUGCACCCCUUGACCUCUCAGCCGCCCCUGGAAGCCGCAUCCUUGCCAGCCUCAGACUCAGAUACGACCCUCAUGUCCUCUGCAGCCCUGGAUGCCAGAUUUUUGACGUCCUUGAUGACAGAGGCCAGGGAGAGCACUCCUACUGCUGAAGUGGCGUCCUCUACCACUUUUGGUUCUGGGCUGACCUCGGUGGAUAAGAAAGACCUUAGUAGCACCCAGGAACUGACUACACAUGUGGCUACUCUGUCUACUAGUAUCAAGGCUGUAGUUCCUGCGGUAACGACUCCCCCCGGACCUCCUCCCUUUAAUGCCACUGGAGGGGAGGAAGGGAAUACCACCCUAGUCACUAAAGAAACAACCCCCUCCCAUGAGAUUUCAACGGAUAAGAUCACCUCCACAUGUUUCCAGGGGUUCCAGACCACUUCCACGUCUUCCACUUCAUUGGCCAGUGUGUCUCCUGCAAAGAAAUUGCAACAGGGUGGCAAUAACUCCGCGCUGGUGAUUCUGGUUGUGGUGGUUGUGGCGGCAACUCUCUUGGUAGUCCUGUUCUUGCUGUGGCGUCGGCGGCAGAGGAGGAGGACCGGGGCUCUGAUGCUUGUGGGAAAUGGGAAACAUAAAGGAGCUGGGGAUGCUUGGGCUGGACCAGUUCAGGCUGUGGAAGAGCAGGCUGCGUCUGGGUCAGCAGCAGGUGAAGGGGACGCAAUGAAUGCUGAAGGCGAGGGGACUGGUCGUAGGCCCACACUCACCACCUUCUUUGGCAAGAGGAAGUCUAGACAGGGUUCUGUGAUGAUGGAGGACCUGGAGGCCGGGGCAGCCUCCAGUGACCUCAAAGUCGAGAGCGAACCCCUUGUGGAAAACAUGGAUGAGGCUGUAAAGCCCCCUAAAGUUGACGGCUUAACUGCUGAUGAGUCAAUAGCAGGAGAUGGGAACUUGCCAUCGAGCCCAGUGACCAAUGUAUGAAAGAACCAGGGUCAUCAAUCAGUGAGCAUUUUUGAAGGCAUUCCAGGUAGUAUGAGAUGGAACCUCCCCUCAAGGAAUUUAACUUUCUCAUUCUUCAUAGACUCUUAAUCGUCUUAAUCUUUUUUUUUUUUUUCACAUCAUUAUUUCCAUCUCCUCUACCUGUGUCUUCUCUAUGGCCAUCAUUUUCUUCUUUAUAAUGGUCACUGAGUAUUGCCUGGGAAACACAUGGUCUCUCCAAUAAAAUCCUGAUGUAGUGAAA